GCCGCAAUGAAUAAAUAAAAUCCAAAUUUUUAAUCUGAAAAGAAAUAAAAAGGGGAAAGAUUUUAUUUUUCUGGGUACUUAAGAAAGUAGAGUGAGAAUUCUGGAAAGUAGGUUGUGGUUGGUUAAUCAGGCGAUCAGAGAGACGUGUAGUUGAAGAUAUUUCUCACGGGAAUCGGUGGGUUUUUAUUAUAUCAGUUGUUGAAUGAGAAUUACUGGGGUUUGAUCAUCUUUGCUGGGACGGUUUGGAGAAUCGAUGGGGAGAUCGUUCAAGGAUUCACUCAAGUCUCUGGAAGCUGAUAUUCAGCUAGCCAACACUAUGGCAUUGGGCUAUGGCAGAGAAAUAGAUGGAGCUUGCAUCCAAAUGAGACUGUCCUACAGCCCAGCUGCACAGUUCUGCCUUUUUCUCAUCCAGUGGUUUGAUUGUAAGGUUGCUGGGGCACUUGGCCUGCUUCAAGUUCUUGUGUAUAUGGCUGCAGGCGUAUGCUGAUGGAAAAACCUCUAUGUAUAUCAAAGAAAGGAGAGCAAGCAUAAGGGACUUUUAUGAAAUAAUUUUCCCCUCAUUGCAAAUCCUAAGAGGGAUUACUGAUUUUGAAGAAAUCAAGCAGAAAGAAAUAUGUUCCCUAAGGUACUCAAGCAAAGGGAAGCUUUCCGAGGUUGAAUUAGAGAGAGAAGCCGAAUGUGGGAUCUGUUUGGAACCCAAUAGCAAAGUUGUUUUGCCAGAUUGCAGGCAUUCCUUAUGUUUAGGAUGCUACCAGGACUGGCGUAGCAGGUCUCAGUCAUGCCCUUUCUGUAGAAGCAGUCUUAGACGAGUAAGUUCAGGUGACCUUUGGGUAUGUGUGGAGAAAAGUGAAACUGUUGAAUUACCUCUAAUUCUGAAAGAGGACUGGCAGAGGCUGUAUAGGUACAUCGAGAAGUUACCUGUCAUCAUUCCAGAACCUGAGUUCGCUCCCUAUCGCCCUCACAUUCGAUGAGGGGCUGCCCUAUAUCGUUAAUAUCUGUAAAUAGUUUCAUGAUGUAAACAAGUUUUAACAGCCUUCAUUCUCAUGAACAAUGAAUUAUGAUAAGCUGGUGCUAUUAUGCUUCUGGUAUGGGGUGGCUUAGUUAGAAUUCUAGCUGCUGAAGCCUGAAGCUAAGUUACGCAUUAUUGACCCGUGCCGGGUUGAUAUGCUGCUCUUGAGAUGUUCUGGUUUUUGUGAUCAUUUCACGUACUAUGGUGUUCUGUUUGUUUCAGAACAGAAUUGUAUAUAAAUCAAUUAGUAUAAAUUAGUAGGUUUUCUAUACUUUGAUUUUAGGAACUUGGAUGAUUCAUGAAUUAGUAUACCUAGGAGUCUAGGAGAAACCAAGCCCCAUUUUGGCCAGAAAAGUGAAGAACCUCAACCGGAAGUUGAGUAGGAUCGGUUUUUUAAGUUCUUCCAGAUUUCACUGUGGUUUGGGUUUGGCUCGGAAUAACCAAUGCUUGUGUACAUUCCUAUGUCAUUUGUAAUCAUUGGGUGAUGAAAAGUUGGCAUUCCAAUAAUUACAUGUCAAAUAAGAAUGUGCACAAAAAUGUACUCUCUUCGUCUAGAUUUGUUUUUACUCCCUUCGUCCCGGAAUUAUCUUCAUUAUUUCCUUUUCGGUCCG